UGCUGCUAUCAGUUGAACGCUGGACGUUCUCUGAGUAACACAAUACUUUCCCUUAAAUUAAAAAAAAUAAUAAAAAUAAAAUACUAUUUAUUUAUAAAAAAAAAUAACAAGCCUUAUAUUUAAUAUUUCUUCUUUGUGGGAGUGAACAAAAGCAACCCUAGCUAAUGUGAAUCCUCGCUGAAGUUAACAUCUAAUUAUCUGACAAACUUUGUUUUGUUUCUGGUAAUACGAGUUGGAUAAAUUCAGUGUAACUCAACUUGCUAAUAAAACUUGCUUUGAAAUGUUUAAAAUUAUUAUUGAUAUUAUGGAUAAUUUAAAAAAAUUUUAUAGUUGAAGAAUCUGUUAAAAUUUUAAAAUAAAGGAGGUGUAAAGUAGAAAAGGGAAAUUGAAAAAUAAUUGAGGAAGAUACUACCUUAUUUUUUUUAUUAUGGUGGAUAAAUUGCACGACUACCAAGGCUUCACAGGACGUCUCCAUGGAGCUCGUGAUAAAUUAAGUGAAAAGUGGUCGGGCUUCAAGCAAUGGAAAGAUGAAAUCCCGACAAACCAAGGCAUUGCGGGAGUUAUUAACCAUUUUCGUAAUCCACCUAAAUUAGAACGGACUUUGGAAGACUAUUCUCAUGUUUACAGGCAAAAGACACGUGGUGAACUGGUUCGAGUGUCAGCAGCGGUGAUGGGGAUUGAAUUUUCCUACGCUGCAGAAACGGCCUUUGUGUCGCCAACCUUGUUAAAAAUUGGCGUUGACCAUCAACAUAUGACACUAGUUUGGGCUCUGAGUCCCCUGGUAGGAUUUUUCGUGACACCCGUUUUGGGAAGUGUCAGUGAUCGCUGUAAAUCUCACUACGGUCGAAGGAGACCCUUUAUUAUUAUCCUGGCGAUCGGAGUUUUUCUUGGGCUUCUCCUGGUACCCAAUGGCGAGAAAAUGGGGUACGCAUUCGGAGACCCUUUACCUUUACCUAAUCAUACUAGUCCACUAGGUCAUCGAUUGACUGCUAAAACAAGUAAACCGCUAAAUGAAAGUCAACCAGCAGUUCCAACUUCUUCACACUCGUGGGGAAUUUUUUUCACUAUUUUAGGAACUGUCUUGCUGGAUUUUGACGCUGACGCUUGUCAGAGUCCUGCAAGAGCUUAUCUUCUAGAUGUUACCAUUCCAGAUGAUCAUGCAAGAGGGUUGAGUACGUUCACGAUAAUGGCAGGACUUGGUGGAUUCAUGGGAUACGGGUUAGGUGGGAUAAAUUGGGACGCGACAGCCAUUGGAGUAGCUCUUGGUGGUCAUCUUCAUGCGACAUUCACACUGAUAACAAUAAUAUUUAUAAUUUGUGUAAGCUACACAGUGACCAGUUUCAAAGAAAUCCCUCUCUAUAUGCUCGAGCGAGAUGAGUUUAAGGCUAUGCAAGCUCAGCUGAUGGACAGCCGGAGGAAAAGUGAGCAUGACAAAAUAGCUGAUGAUGAUUGCGCUUCCUAUGGAACUCUUAAUACUCCUGGUGAAACUACUGAAGAAUUUAAUCUGAAACCUCUGAAAGUUGAUCCUCCAAAGGAGUUAGGAUCAGUGCCGAUGGUGCCGGAAAUAAUCCCUGAAAUAAUUGCAAAUGAAGAUGACAUUGAUGUAGAUCCUAAAGCGACGCUCAGAGAAUACUUAAUGUCGAUUGUUUAUAUGCCACACAGUGUUAAAAUGGUUUGUCUGACAAAUUUGUUCUGCUGGAUGGCUCACGUCUGCUACUCGCUCUACUUUACUGACUUUGUCGGCGAGGCUGUCUACGGCGGGGAUCCAAAAGCUCCGGAGGGUUCGAAAGAACGUGAAUUAUACGAAUCUGGAGUUAGAUUUGGGUGCUGGGGGAUGUCUAUGUACUCACUGUCAUGUGCCUGCUAUUCUUUAGUUAUUGAAAAGUUGAUCCAGCGAUACAAGGCGCGGAGAGUUUAUAUUUGUGGAUUAUUAUUUUAUAGUUUAGGAAUGAUGAUGAUGGCUGUGUUGAAACACCCAGUAGGUGUGAUAAUAUUUUCCUGGACUGCAGGAGUUAUGUAUUCGACGUUAUUUACAAUGCCGUAUUUAUUAAUCGCACAUUAUCACAAUUCAUCCACGUUUUCAGUAACUGCAGACGGCGAAGCAGUACACAAUGAUAAAGUACGAGGACUAGGUACCGAUGUCGCAAUAGUAUCAUCGAUGGUAUUCCUCGCACAAUUUUUACUCUCUUGUUGCCUUGGUACGAUUGUUAGUAUCUCGGGUACUACUACCGCAGUUGUCGGUGUUGCCAGUACACUUGCUGCCUGUGGAGCAUUAUCAGCGACCCAAAUAAUGUAUUUAGAUCUUUGAAACAAUUAUUGUAUUACUUACUUACUCGCUUGUUUCUGCUAAUUAUUAACGACAUGAAUACUUAAAUUAAUACUACUAAAAUUAAAAAAGCUGCGUUGGAUUUUAUCAUUUUAUAUAAAUUAGAUAAAAAUUACGUAUAUAUAUUUUUUUAACAUCUUAUCUAUUAAAAAAAUUAAAGUAAUUAUUUUUUGAUUAUUUAUUAUUGCUGUAAUUGUUAUGUAGCGUUUGAGGGGAAUCAGUAUUAGUUGAAUUACGCGUCAAUAGUUAUUGCGUGUUAGUUAUUUAUAUUAAUGCACAAAAAUUAAUUAAAUUGAUCGUUAAAUAUAUGAUUAGAUUUAUGUUAAUUGUAAAUAUUAUAAAUUAUAAUUAUAAUUGAUUCAUUGUAUGACGUGACAUAUCCAACGUUAAAUAAAAACAAACAUUUAAAC